GUAGCUCCAGGUAUCCCGGUGUGAGCGCAGCGCGCGGCAGUGCGGUGGGGUCUGGUGUAGCGUCGCGACGUGGUUUCCCGCAGUUGCGUAAUCGUCGUAAGCGCCCGCCGAGCGGGACGAAGGGAGUCAGGAGAGCACGGCGAGUCAGAAACGUCGAGAAGAGUAGUGCCGACGGGGGGACGACGUUGGCGACGAGCACGACGAGCCACGGGGAACGGCGAGGACUUCGGCUGCGUGUGACGCUAAAACAGCUCGACGACAGUGCCUCCCGCGGACCAAGAGAUAUGCCGCAGAGUGGAGGCGAGCGUUGUUAGCCCUAAGAAGGAUGCGGUCGUGGUGCCUGUCGACGGAUCGGUAACGAACGGUGAGCGGCUCGACAUCUCCAGGAAUAUGUCGGCGAUCAAAGGUAGUAGUUCCCCGCCGGGCGCGCCGCGCCAGUUGCCAGUCUUGAGCAACUUCAAGUACGAGUAUUUCGUCGCGGGCAUCUCCGGCGGCGUCGUCUCGACCCUGAUGCUGCAUCCACUGGACCUCAUCAAGAUCCGAUUCGCGGUGAAUGAUGGCCAAACAACUGCAGCACCGCGGUACAACGGUCUCAGAAGUGCUAUCAGCCAGAUUGUUAAAACCGAGGGAGUGCGUGGGCUUUAUAGGGGUGUAACACCGAACGUUCUAGGAUCAGGCAGUUCGUGGGGUUUCUACUUUUUCUUCUACAAUACGAUAAAGACCUCGAUUCAAGGUGGGAAUUCGAAGAAACCGCUCGGACCGUCCAUGCACAUGUUCGCUGCUGCUGAUGCCGGAGUGCUUACCUUGCUUAUGACUAAUCCAAUAUGGGUGGUAAAGACGCGGCUAUGUUUGCAAUACGCCGAAGACGUCAAUAUGGCCGAGUCCAAAAGGUAUCGCGGGAUGGUAGACGCUUUAAAGAAGAUUUACAAGACGGAGGGCAUUAGAGGCUUGUAUAAGGGUUUAGUUCCUGGGUUAUUUGGUGUCUCACACGGCGCGAUUCAAUUUAUGGCGUAUGAGGAGAUGAAGAAUAAAUAUUACAAUUACUUGAACGUAGCCAUUGAUACGAAGCUGAGCACAACGGAAUACAUCGUCUUUGCAGCAUUGUCGAAACUGAUCGCGGCGGCGUCGACGUAUCCUUAUCAAGUGGUGAGGGCUCGACUUCAGGAUCAUCACCACGACUACCGGGGUACCUGGCACUGCGUUCAGAUGACAUGGAGGUAUGAGAGUUGGCGCGGCUUUUACAAGGGAUUAAGCGUAAACCUCACCAGAGUGACUCCGGCGACUGUUAUUACAUUCGUGGUCUACGAAAACGUAACGCAUUAUCUGCGAGGCAGAGGCGCCGCUGCGGAAGAAGCCGUGUCUGCGCCUGCGGACGGCCAGCCGAAGGAGUACCUUAAUGUCCCAUCGCGCGCCCGCGCGUGAAACAACACGGAUCACGCAUUCGCGUCUUCGAAACUCCCUUCACACACACACACACACACACACACACACACAAUCUCUUUCUCCCACUUUCUCUAGAUUAUACAAUAAUCGUGCGAUCACACCGCGGGAGACCAAGAAGGAAGAUUUCGAGCGCGAACUUCGGAAGAUGCGAAGAUUCCAGUUCACCGGAGUUGUUUUAUUCUCCGGCGAAUCGUUCAGGCCGUGUUAACAAUCGUUACUUGAAGUUUGGCUCGAGCGAGGGAUCAGAGAGACUUUAUUCAGGGGAUUUCGAGUCAACGAGCUUUUCCGCAAUCGCGAGAUUCAGGUCAUCUACGUGUCUCAAAUUUCAAGUAACGAUUAUUAAUACAUCGAGGUUCUUCAUUUCGUAGUUUCAACGUAAAUUGAUGAUGCAAACAUUGUCUUUCUAUUCAUGGUCAGUCGUUAAACCGGUGGUUUUGUAGUGGUGACUUUUAAAAUUUAGCGAUUAAUCAGAAAAGCAUGAUUUUCACGUUAUCAUCAUGUUAAGCCUUGUCAUCAUGUUAAGCACAAGUUAAGCGGAAAAUGAAGAACCGGGCCUGAAUGAAAAAAGUGCUAUGGUCGAGUAAAUAUUUGCUGAGGAGUAAUUAUUUUACUCGGAUUAAGCAAGUUUGCUUGAAUUGAAUGUAGCGCCUUUUUCCUUUCGAUGUGCUACAUUCAAGUAAUAUUUAUUUCAUCGAAAUAAAAUAAUUCAUGCUCCUUGGCGAGUAUUUACUUAAAUGUAGCAUAUUUUUCUUUCAAUACGCAGACCUUAAGGCUCGUCUACGAUGCUGUGGCAAGACCGUACCGUCGUAGUCGUUCAAAUCGGCCCGUUUCCAGUUCCAGCGACGGAUUGGUCCUGGAUUGGAAGUGGACCGACUCGAAGGACUGCAACCAUAUGAUCCUGCGACCGCGUUGUAGACCCCGCUUUAGUUUCACGCUUAACUGACGCGGCAGUCGCGAAACCAUGUUGCUCUCCAAGUAUCUCUGAGCGAAGUCUCGCCCAGAAAACGAGUGAAAAUUCGCCGGAAGCGAUGGUGAAGAAGGCACCGCCGACGGGAAUCGGCAGAGUGAACGCUUCAGCAUAGAGCGGAUUCUGACACUACGAGCGAAUGUUUCACAGUCGAAUAGACCGGAUUUGUUCCGGUGUGACGGCUGAAUACAUCAGAUUCGCUCUUCAAUCUCGAGUGAAAAAAUUCCUUCGACGGCUCAGAGCGCGGAAUUUGCUCUAUGCGAACGGAAGAUCAUUGGAGGUCGAGUAUCGACUCUUCGGGUGAAAUUUCAUUCCGAGAAAUUUGGCGAGUGCUACCGUUAUUAAUCGAAUUGCCGUUAUUAGUCGCUCCUGUCUGCUUGGGUCACGCGUGAGCGUUGCGAGGCUUGUAGUUCUCUCUGUGUGCAGAUUUGAACGUAAACUCUGCGGAAGGGGAUACGAACAUGUUACAAAUCAGUAUUCCGUAAGAUAUUGCUUCGUAUUAGCGCUCAUUAGAGAGUUCCAACCGAGACCUUGCACAUUUAAUUAGACAGUUUAGCGACAGCCGAUCGGUUAAGUGUUGAGUUCGCUUGUUUCCCCGACGAUUCCCGAAAGACGAGCGUUAGUUUUUCUCACGUUUUCAAGUUUCGUUCUCGUUUGCGUACAGUCCUUUAAUUAAGAAGGAAGGAUUCUAUCCAUGCGCGUUCUCGUACAUUUGAUUAAGCAAUUGCAUAGAAGCGUCUUUAUUAACGCCCGUUAAUUAUGCGUUUGACAUCGUAGUUUCGCGAUCAAAUACGCGUUAGUUUUUGUUUAUUUUUUACGUUUUGUUUACAUUUUGUAUACGCUUGCGGGACGCUUCGAAUGCACUUUCUUUCUCCUGACGAAAAAGGCCGCAACUUUUUAGCCACUGUUCACGGGCUUGCACGGUGAUUGGAUUACGGCAGGGGCCGAAACGACAGUGUAAAUGUUGGUCCUUUACACUUCUCGUUUGAUAGAUCAAAAUAGAAUGAAAUAAAGCAACGUUUUUUCCCCCUGAAAUCUCCGUUGCAGUUGUGCACGUCGGUGUUUCCCGUAUUGUCACAACGAAUCACCAUGCAGCUCUUGUGACAAUUUGAUGCGUUCCUAACAUCGCUGGAAAGAAUGUGUUCCCGUCGCUUCGCAAGCGAGUGUGUUGUUCUUCAUUGUUGUAGGGCUCAUAGCAGAUUUGGUAGAAUUUUAUGUGUUUCCUUUGAUUUAAUUACGUAGGUCGAUCUAUAAAUAAUACGAUAUUCAUAUCUGCCGAUUUCCAAUACACACAGAUAUUCCCGGUGCGAUACGCGUAAUGCGCAUAAAUGUUGAAUUUAUCAAUUAUGGGAGGAAAGCCGUUUAGGUAGCGCCGACGUGACUGCUCACCAGGUCGAAAGGAUUCACGGGACACUUCUUGUAACGUCGAUCGCAAUGCUGCUCACGUUCGGCUUCCACAAUUUCAUCCGGGAGAUUUUCGUUCCUCGAGCUGGAGGGUCUGUGAUAAAGAUAUGAAGACGGGUUACGUCUUAAUUCGAUGUUUACUCGCGGAGAUAUUCGACGUUUUAAGCCACGAUGCAGCGGUAAAUAACAAUUUGACGCUUUUCUUCAUACUUUCGCGAGCCAAGAGUCGAAUGUCUAUGUCAUAUUCGUCGAAAGUCGGUUCGCCAAAAAACGGCUCGCCACUCUUGAAUCCGGGAACCGGCACGGAAAUAACUCUCUCUGUCGCGAAGAUGCGGCGAUUAUCCGUGAAAUUACAGAUCUUGUGGAUCCGUGAGGAAAUUCGGCACGCUUUUGCGUAAGAUUUCCGUUGUACCCGUCGUUUGUAUCGUGCGUCUCCGAGAUUCGUUCGAGCGUACGAAUGAGAAUAAAGAUAGAUUGACACGUUA